AUGAUGAACAAGAAUCCCGCUCUUGAGGACAUGAUUUCACCACUGAGCACCACCAACGAGUCCUCGCCCACUUCAAAUGCAGGCAAAAGGCCCAUGACCACAAGCACCUCAUCUUCGUCGUCUGUUGACCAUAAACGCAGACGGGUCACUCGCGCUUGCGAUACUUGCCGACUGAAGAAGGUAAAGUGCGAUGGAAGACAGCCGUGCAUCCACUGCACAGUCUAUUCCUUUAGAUGCACGUAUGACCAGCCAAAUGUUCGCAACAAGAAAAACACCGGUAUCCCCAAAGCAGUCGACCGUGCUUCUUCGUCGUUUGCCAACUCCACCGUGGGGUCUAUAAAUGGGGUCCCCAUCGACUCCUACCCGACUAAAAACUUGAUCAUUGCCCAGCAAGUCAUCGGCACCUUGUUGCCCAACUUGCGGAUCAAUUUUCUUGACCAAAACUUGAGUUUUGACCUCGAUCGGUUCCAGCGAGCCGUGUCGCAUGUGGAGCAUAGACUGAGUGCAUUGACAAACAGCUUGAAAGAUGUCUCGGAGAUGACGCAGGAUCCAGACGCGAUAAUCCCACCGCCAAGAACCUAUUCUGUUAGUGCUCACUCUGAUGACUCCACCUUACCGCAAUCGCCAUGCGAAAUUAAAUUGAUGCUCCCGCCAAAGGAAGAGGCAUUGCGCUUGAUCUACACCACUUGGACAAAAGCGUGCGUGUUGUUUAGGUUUUACCACCGACCCUCGAUGUUGGAAGAGAUUGACUUGCUUUAUUCGUUGGACCCAUCGCAGUACGGAGACCGACAACAAAAGUUUUUGCCGUUUUUAUAUUCGAGUCUUGCUUGUGGUUCUUUAUUCAGCAAGAGUCCAUACACCAACUCCACCGUUAAUGAUGAUUUGGAAGAUGACGGAUUCAAAUAUUUCUUGGAAGCUAGGAAAUUGAUUGAUAUCAGCAAUGUCGGCGACUGCAAUUCUAUCCAGAUUAUCAUAAUGAUGAUCAUCUACUUGCAGUGCUCGGCGCGUUUGUCUACUUGCUAUUCUUAUAUCGGCAUCGCGUUGCGAAGCGCUUUAAAGGAAGGGUUGCACAGAAACUUGUCGGUGUUUCAAAACUCGAGGAGGAAACUAGACACGAUAGAAGUUGACACGCGGAAGAGAAUGUUUUUCACGAUAUACAAGAUGGACAUCUACAUCAACUCGCUAUUGGGUUUACCAAGGUACCUUCACGAAGACGAGUUUGAUCAAGAACUACCCGUGGACAUGGACGACGAAAACAUCACGAGAUCCGGUUACGAUUAUGAGAAACAGGAUGGGAAACUAAGCUCGUCCGGUUGCGCUAACUACCACACAAAGUUGAUGUUCAUCAUGUCGCAUAUUAUCAAGAAGUUGUAUCCGGUGAAAGUCACCAAUGUUGGUAAAAACCCAGGACCAGACGACAUUCAUCGCAAUGUGACCGAAUUGGAAAUUGAGUUGAAAACGUGGUUGAAUAAUUUGCCCAAGGAAUUGCAGCCCACGGAUCCAAACUCAAGCAAGAUCGAUGUACCCGAGAAAUUUGUGUUGGCCAAUUGCUACCUCCAAUUGGCGUUUUUAAACUGCCAAAUCAUGCUAUAUCGUCCCUUUAUCCAUUUCAUAAGCGACUCUAGAAGUGGGAGGUCUUCGGAUCCGCGGUCGUUGAUUCGAGGUAGAAACUGCAUCAAGAUUGCCCGGAUGGUUGUCAAGUUGGCAAACAAGAUGAUUGACGAGAAGCUCUUGAUUGGCACCUAUUGGUUUUCCUUGUACACGAUCUUUUUCAGUAUUGCCUGUUUGGUUUAUUAUUACCAUUUUGCUAACUACAACAAUAAUGGUCUCGGCGCCAACUAUGCCGGCGUGCUAUUUGACGACGACUUGAACAUUGACAUCAUCAAGAAGGACAUUGAGAUUGGUAAAAAGGUUUUGGACUGCUUGAAAAACUCGUCGACGAGUUCAUUGCGGAUAUACAACAUAUUGAACACCUUGUUUGAGCAACUCAACAGGAAGACAGCAUCGAGAUCUUUGGUGAAGAAUUCUUUACGAAAUGACUCGUCGUCAGCGGCAACCGCACCGUUGUCCUCUUCCUCGUCCUCCACUUUGUCAGCGCCGCCGGUGGCGUCGAAAGCAGUACCCGUGCAGCAAGCUGAGCAGUUCAAGUCUGACAAAAUAAAGACGACAUUUAAGAACUUCGACCAGAACAACCAGUACGCGCAACCGGACAAGAAAGAUGAUUUGGGUCAGUAUUUCGAAAACCACAACAUUGACCGGUUCCAAUCCACGUUGGAAAUCCCCAGAGAGAUCACCAAUAUCGCUAAACUCAGCCCCGUGAAGGAAGAAGAAAACGAAGAGAUUGGGUCUAAAGCGGGCGCUGAUUUGACUGACAACUACAUGCCCGGUGUGUUUGACAAGCUCGAUUCGCAGAUAUUUGGAAAGAUAUUGCCUCCGUAUAUGACCAAAAAUAACGAGAUUCUCAGUAAUCUACAGCAACAACACCUGUUACAACUGCAGCAACAACAACAACAGUCACAGCAGCCACAACAGCUACAACAACAGGACGGAAGCAUAGGCGAUGCCCAAGUUUCUCCCCUGUCAAACGCAAACGACAACUCUGCUUCGGGGAUGCAAAAUCAGAAUGAGGCCGGAGAGAGCGGCAGCGCAACUGUUCCCGAAGAUAUCCUCGACUUUGACGAGCUCAUUUCAUCAUUGAACAACGCCAAUGGAUUCGAAGGUGGGUACACUAACGACGGCGGACCUUCUUCUAUUGACUAUAUGGCCCCACUCUGA